UCAGCAUGAAUGGAUUGGGAACCAUGAAGAUUGCCAUUGGAUUCCCAUUUCUCUUCUUGUCUAGUAAAACUAUCUGUGGAUUGGUGUGAAUCAUGGCACCCAAGGGAUCCAAAAGUGUUCCUGUUGCAGGAAAAAAGCCUAUUGGUAAAGCAGAAAAGAGAAAGAGCAAGAAGAAGCGAGCAGAAUCAUACAGCAUUUAUAUCUACAAAGUUUUGAAGCAGGUACACCCUGACACUGGUAUAUCCUCCAAAGCAAUGAGCAUCAUGAACUCCUUUGUCAAUGAUAUAUUUGAGAGAAUUGCUUCCGAGUCCAGCAAGUUGGCUGCCUAUUCAAAGACAAAGACGUUAACUUCGAGAGAAAUUCAAACUGCUGUACGUCUUUUGUUACCUGGAGAACUAGCCAAACAUGCUGUGUCGGAAGGGACCAAGGCAGUUACAAAGUAUACUUCCACGUGAACAGUACAAGAAAGUUUAUUGGAUUUAUCAAUUAUUGUUGAUACAAAAGUAAAGCUGUUGAUGUCCGUUUGAUACCUGAAUACGUCUGUAACGUUU